AUGGUGACAAAAGGGAAUCCAGGAGACAACAGAGGGGGCAGAAGCUCUUCUGGUUCAUUGUUUGUGGUGGCUGGGCUGUGUUGUUGCUUCUACCUUCUGGCAGUGUGGCAAAGAAGUGGUUUCGGGAAGGGUGACAGCAUAGCGCUUGAGAUAACGAAGAAGGCAGAAGACUGCGACGUGCUUAAGAAUCUCGAGAUCGAGACGCACCCCACGGAUGAUCAAAGCGGGGAUGAGGAGGAUGAGUACCAGGCGGAAGUGAAGCAAUUCGAGGCGUGUGGUGAACGCUACAUCGAUUACACUCCUUGUCAGGAUCAAGUGCUGGCCAUGACUUUCCCUCGGGAAAGUAUGGUCUACCGGGAGAGGCAUUGUCCCGCGGAGGAAGAGAAGUUGCGGUGUCUGGUCCCGGCUCCCAGAGGAUAUGUGACGCCGUUUCCAUGGCCGAAGAGCCGGGACUAUGUCCCGUUUGCGAAUGCGCCGCAUAAGAGCUUGACUGUGGAGAAGGCAGUGCAGAACUGGGUGCAUUAUGAGGGGAAUGUGUUGAGGUUCCCGGGUGGGGGAACGCAGUUUCCCCAGGGCGCAGAUGCUUAUAUCAAACAGCUUGCUUCUGUGAUUCCUAUAGACAAUGGCAUUGUCAGAACAGCAUUGGAUACAGGAUGUGGGGUAGCAAGUUGGGGCGCCUACCUGUUCAAGAAGAAUGUGAUAGCCAUGUCAUUUGCUCCACGAGACUCACACGAAGCUCAGGUUCAGUUCGCGCUGGAAAGAGGUGUGCCUGCAGUUAUUGGUGUUCUUGGAACCUUAAAACUGCCAUACCCAUCUGGGGCCUUUGAUAUGGCUCAUUGCUCGCGUUGUUUGAUUCCAUGGGGUGCAAACGGUGGAGUUUAUAUGAUGGAAAUUGAUAGAGUGCUGAGACCAGGAGGGUACUGGAUACUCUCAGGGCCUCCCAUCAAUUGGAGGAAUAAUUAUGAAGCCUGGCAACGUCCCAAAGAAGACUUGGAGGAGGAACAAAAGAUCAUAGAAGACAUUGCAAAAUGCCUGUGCUGGGAAAAGAAGCACGAGCUGGACGAGAUUGCUAUAUGGAGAAAAGGAACAAAAAAGGAAUAUUGUGAACAGGAAUGUCGUGUGCCUAAGUGUGCAUCCACCACAGCAAAUGAUGUUUGGAACAAGAAGAUGGAGCUAUGUGUAAAUGUCAAUUCGUACCUGGAAUCUACCAACCUAGAUGAAGGUGGAGAACUACUGAAGCCAUUUCCAGAGAGACUGAACGCUGUUACUCCAAGAAUCGCAAGUGGAUCCAUCCCUGAGCUCUCAGUGGAGUCAUUCAUGGAGGACAACAAGAUGUGGCAAAAGCACGUCAAAUGGUACAAAAGGAUUAACAAACUCAUUGGUACAGUGAGAUACCGGAACGUUAUGGACAUGAAUUCUGGUCUGGGAAGCUUCGCGGCCGCCCUUGAAUCUCCCAAACUUUGGGUCAUGAAUGUGAUGCCAACCAUAGCCAAGAUUGAAACUCUGGGCGUUGUCUUUGAACGUGGCUUGAUUGGCAUCUAUCAUGAUUGGUGUGAAGCUUUCUCCACCUACCCGAGGUCAUACGACCUAAUUCACGCCAAUGGACUUUUCAGCUUAUACAAGGACAAGUGUAGCUAUGAGGAUAUUCUAGUAGAGAUGGACAGGAUUGUGAGACCAGAAGGAGCAGUUAUUCUCCGAGACCAUGGGGAUGUGCUAAGCAAGGUGAGAAGAAUAGCGAAGGGAAUGAGGUGGAACACCAAAAUCGUUGAUCAUGAGGAUGGCCCUUUGAUCCCAGAAAAGGUACUUUUUGCUGUCAAACAAUACUGGGUUGUGGGAGACAAGAUCAACUCAACCAUUUCCUGA